UCAUUCAAGAUGGCUGACAAAAAGGAAGGCAAGAAUGACAGCGAAUAUUUGGAUUCUAUUUCUCGAGGAUCUAUAGAAGUUUGUCGUAUCAUGAUUCCUGAUGAUGCAAAUAUAGCAGGAAACGUCCACGGAGGUACUACUUUGAAGCUCCUGGAAGAAGCUGGUUACAUAAUCGCGACACGCCAUUGCAACAAGAAUGGUCCAAUUUCUACUGAUAAAUUUUAUGCUGCACUUGCGAGAGUCGAAAGGACGGAUUUUCUACAGCCGUUGUACAUCGGCGAAGUCGUACAGGUCCAUGCUGAGCUGGGUUUUGCGUCCAAACACUCUCUAGAAGUGAAUGUAUCAGUUUGGGCAGAAAAUUUAGUGACUGGUGCUCGGCGAAUGACAAACAGAGCGUCCCUGUGGUACGUUCCUGUCAAAGGGACUGCCAACUCCAAAGAACCAAGAAUCAUAGGCGAAGUACCGCCAAUAGAAAAUCAAAGUCAAAUAGAACUAGAAAAAGGACAAGCGAGGUAUGAGUACCAAAAACGCUCUCGAAUGGAGAAGCAUGAACUUUUGAAAAAGCUUCCUUGCAAUUGUAACACAACCAUACCAUCAAUGCAUGAUGCUGAUGUUCCAAUUCACUCUGUGUUGGCAUCCCAGUCUUCAUUUAUUCAUAGCGUGCAGCCAUCAGAGUGUGGUAGUCUUGGGUUUGUCUUUGGUGGGGUUAUAAUGAAGAUGAUGGAUGAGCUUGCUGGAUUAGUAGCAUUCAGGCACUGCAAGACUAAUGUAGUAACUGCAUCUAUUGAUGCCAUAGACUUUCAUGAGUCAAUCAAAUUGGGUCACAUAGUCAAUCUGACAGGAAGAAUAACAUUCACCAGUGCUAGGUCAAUGGAAGUUAAAGUCAUUGUUGAUGCUCAAGACCUCUUCAAAGGUACUUGUUUUAGAGCGUGUAGUGCAUUCUUCACUUAUGUUUCACUUGAUGCAAGUGGACGUCCUCAACCUGUUCCAUCAGUUGUACUUCAAACAGAAGAAGAUAAACAAAGGUUUGAUGAAGGCAAGAAACGAUACGAAGAAAGAAAAAAGAGGCGUCUCAGCCAUUCUUGAUUUUGCCCACAGUGGAAGGAGCUUAAAGUUUGUACCUACCUUCACCAGCUGUCCUCUGACUUUUAAACUUCCAUGACCACACUUGCCCUUAUCUUUAGCUGGUAUAAAGGUCAUGAUAGUUCAUGAAAUUUUAAGACGAAUCAUUUUUUGUUGUUGUUGUUGUUGUUGAGCAUUUUACAUAUAUUUAUGCAUUUGUCCCAAUAUGUAUCAAUUUAAGAGAGUCAUUAUACAAAUUUGUUCAUGGGGGUGGUUAAGUUAUUAAUAUAACUUUAAGCUUAAAGCAUUGCAGUAUACUUAUACUGUACUUGCAGGGGUCGUGAAGCGGUCUUAAUGGUAUGCAAAAUAGGUAUUUGACACUAAAUUGGGGGUAAAACCCUUUAAGAAAUUUAAAGUCAAUGAAAAAUGAUUUUUAUUUAUCUUAAUAUUAUUUAUAAUUAUGUAAUAAGAAGUUAUCUUAAUUUUUCAAUUUUCCAUUAUAAUAAUAAUUAUUAAUAAUUAUAAUUUCAAUUAGAUUAUAACUAUGAUACAAAUACAGUAGUAAGAUAUAAUUUUCACAGGAUUUUUACCAUUAGCGGUGGUUAUCCAUUAUUGGUUAUCCAUUAUAUCUGGUCAGUAAUAUCUGCAAUAAACCUUUUAAACUCAA